ACGACGGGUCUCAGGCAGGUACCGCGCCUUGCUUUACCGGUUGAACGACACGAAACGAUCGAACGAACUAUACUUAGGUAUUAUAAUAAUAAUACGACCAGCUUUAUAACUUCUAAGAUUCAAUUUGAAUGUGACUAAAAGAUACAAUUUUGGUACAUAAAGUGUCGCGUUUAGCGGUAUCAGGAAACCAAACCAGAUUUCAGUUCUUGUUAUUCUUUGUUGCGUCUAGCGUGUUUAUUUACUAAGUUUGAUGUGAUUUCAUGGACAGUUGUGCUACCUACAUGAAGAACUUCUUCAACUGGAUCGUGCCAAUGCAGCAACAAUGCAGGCCGCAAGAGACUCAAGCCGUCAAAAGAGGAGCGUAAAAAGACGGAACUCGAGAAAAAAGUCCUUAUCUCCAUCAGACUUAAAAUGUGUUCGAGGGGACACAAAAAGCGAGAACAAAUUGAACGGUAAACGAUCGUUGUCCGAGGGGUCAGUGAAAGUGCGACACAAGAAAAGCAAUAUACAGAGGACUUUGACCCACCCCAUAUCGUGUGCGGAUUUCGAAGAUGUUUCAAUGGAUGAAGUGUUUACUAUGAAAAGUUCUGUGCCUCCGGAAAGUGAUGAAUCCAACUUGCCACCGACAAGCAGUGAUAGGGACACAGAGGAUGACGUGCGCGUUUUGCCCAAGCCUGUGCCACAAAGAUCUCGAUGGGAUUCUGGGAGCGAGAUGGAUUCCUUGGUAUCCAUAGCAGUGAAAAAAGCAUCUGCACGUCGACGCCGAACGCCCGCUAACCUUGAUUGGGGCGUCAACUGUGAACAGGGAGAAGUAAGCGAACCUGAGGCCGGUCGUAUGCGUCCCGAGGACUACCGCCUCGUAUUCCUCAGUUCCGACUCAUCGUGUCGCGAGGACACGGAGGACUCCGCCUCGACUGCGUCCUCCGCUGCACCGCCCGCGCCCGACGACUGCGACUGGGACUACUUCGAACCGGGCGCGGCGGCGCUACCACCACCACCCACACCCACCAAGCACACGCCCCAAGUCUGCCAGCGUACCUGCUCUUGCGGCGCCGAACCUCGCAUAGUAGCCGUCCCAGUACCCGUGCCAGUACCAGUGCCAGCAGCGCUUUGGCCGGCACUUCUUGCCUUCCCCACUGUAACGCCACCCACACCCCACUGGAACACAUACCCCGGCUUUCCACCCCUCGAUGCGGCGGCUCUGGCCCGCUUCACGACGGCCGCAGCCGUUGCAGUCUCCGCUGCCGCUACCGCGUCCGCUUUUCCGCAGAAUAGACUCGAAAUGACCGUAGAGCGUACCGAUAAGGCGAUACAGUCCGAGAUACAGGUACCUACUUCGACCGAUACCGAUAAUGUUGAUAAGAAUAUCGAACGCGCAGUUGAACAUGAAACGGUGGACAGAAUCAAGGUGAUCGCCGAGGACUCUGUGUCCGUAUUAUUGGAAUCGGUUGACACAAUGCCGGGCCACCUUGAAGCGGAGAAGGCGUUUCCGUCUUCGAACGAAUCGGCUAAUUCAAGCGAUUCGGAGGUUGGAGUCGCCCGUAGAAGUUAUGAUCUCAGAAGUGGCGCCCCCGAGGAGCCGGCGACAACAGAUGAAGACUCAGAUGAUUCAGGAGGCGGCGGGGGUCAGUUUUCGCGUGUGUUCGUCGUUAAUCCCGCAGAUUCGUCUUCGGAUAUGGAAGAUAAUGCCGACAGCAGUGGUAUCGAUUGCGACGACUCUUAUGACAAAAAAUCCAACAGUUUAGAAAUGAUUGCCGCUGAUAGGCAUAAUGACUUAAAUAUGGUAGCAGAAUGCAAUGAAAAUGUGCCUCAAAAUAAUAAUGACAAUAUCGUUAUUUUGGAGACGGUGAAUUUCUCAGAACAUUAUCCUGUGGUUUCUUACUGUAGCAAUAGUGAUGAAAGUAGUGAAAGUUCGUCGGGAAAAUCGAACUUUAUUAAAUUUUGUGAUGAAAACAUGCUUCGAAGUGAGGUCUGCGAAAAAUUUAACAGCUUUAACACGCUAAGUGAUGACUAUACGAAUAGCUUAGAUUAUCAAACUAACGUAGAAAAUACCCAAAUUAGUGGAAUUCCCGAAAAUAUCGAGUGCGAUUCAUUAGACAACUCUUUUAACUCGGAUUGUAACAUAAAAGUAUCAGUCGAGUUGUCUGAUUGUGUUUAUCAUAAUGAUAAAUCAGCUUCUAAUAUAUCUCAAGGGCAGCUGAAAAAACGGUCGUCCUCACCGGAACAAGAGGAAACAAGUCUGCCGACCUCAUCGUCACCGAGCGUAGAAAAAAUAGACUUGUUCAAAGGUAUCGAACGUACGCUCAGUGAAUUAUUAAAGAAAGAAUUAAUGGAGGAUCAAGGGGAGGAGAAAAUGCACGGUUCGCGGCCGGUUUGCGCCGAGACGGAGGGGAGUGCGGGCGCACCUGUGGCGACAACAGUUUGCCGCUCGCGCACGGCCGGAACGGACGGCGCAGCGCGAUUUACGAGCCGCGUUAUGAUAACGCACGACAGUGUCUCCGUGGUCACGUCAGACACGACGCGGCUCAUGCGUGACAUUAUAGUGCACCACACGAACUCGCAGGACGAGCCGGAAACGGGCGCUGGUGAACAAAACGAAAUAAACGAACGAUCACUAUCAGACGACGAGUCGCUGCAACCUUCGGGUGGAGUGACUGUUGUUAGUAAUUCCGACACUCUCUCGGCGGUCGUGUGCCUCGAGGAGGGGCUCGCAGAUGACGACUCGUGGGUCGAGGACGUCAGCCACGAUGACGACGAUGCCACUUCGCCGUCCGACUCGGACUCUGGAGACGAGGCGACGCUGCCCACCCGUGGAGACGAGUUCGCAUACUGUAGGCGUUCCUUAGAUUUUACCUUGCAUACUAUUGUGGAAGAAAGUUGCGAAGAGAGCGAAACCGAGCACACGAUGAAAACGCGGCCGAUAUCGGCGACUGAACUAGAAAAAUACUUUUUCUACGGUUUAGCCGACGGAAGAAACGUUCGAGACGAUGAAGACCCGGUGUCGGAAACGUCUAGCGUGUGCAGUGAGGGUGGCGAGUCCAUUGUUGAUACCGAGCAACCGAAACGAAGUGGUGAUAGUGAAGAAUUAGUGUCGUCACGGUUAGAAAAAUAUUUUUUGUCUGGCUUUAUGGGUUUCACUCAAGAAAGACGCGAAUCUGACGGAUCUGGAAGUGUAGGAAGUGAUAGUGAAGGUAAACAAAGUCCAGAACAGAGGCGAAAACGAUUGGUUCGCGCCCGAGGUACGCCUAGAUCGCAUUCUUCUUCUUUAGAUAACCUUUUAACCGGUGAUGAGCCGUCCCAAGAUCCUCAAGAGAUCUCAGACGGCUCAAGCACUGAAACCGAAGAUCGUCACGAGUCACUCGAGAGGCUCGACAUGCAAGGUGAAACAAAAAGGAAAAAACAAAACAAGAAGCCGCGCGGGUCACCGGCUGAUGAGAGACGCCAGUCCGUCGAGUUUCCAGAAGAAGCUCGCGAUGACACAAGGUCGGUGUCAGAGGGUGAGGAUGGUAGAUCCACACCGCGUGUUGAGUUCCCACCUCUUGGGUCCGAGCUUUCUGAAUCCAAGAAACAAACAAGCAGAGAUAGCGGAUUUGUAGGCAGCUGUGAUGAUUUGCUAAGGAGUGGCGAUUCAAGUUCUGAAUUUACAAGAUCGCAUGAGCCAAAAACUGAAUUAGAAGAAAUAAUUGAGGAGGUCAGGCCGGAUAUAGACGAACGUAUUGAACGACCGCCUUCUUCCCGACCCCCUCCCAGUCCAUUAACACGAAAAGAUAGUUUUAAUAACUGGUCAUCUGACGAGGAAACGAAUUUAAUGAUGACAAAAAUGCGACAGUUUUUCAAGCAAAUGGUAAAUAACGCUAACGUUAAGACUUCAACCAUGGUGGCAUCACCUAACGCAGAGAGCCCCCCGAAACCACCUAAACCACCUCAACUACUUUAUUUUGAAAGUGAGUUAACAAGGUUAAUGAAAACAGUUCCGGGUAUUAGAGACGAGGAGGUGCGCGAAAUUGUUGAAUAUUUAUCAAGCGAAGACACUUGGAGUGAUUCCUAUGACUCGUCAGAUUACGCGGGUUCCGACUUAGAAGGCACGGCUAACAGGUCAGCGUUAAGAAAGCAAAUAUCUGAAAGUUGUCGCGUGAUAAUUGACGAGUUUGAUCGCGGUAACAGUGAUGCUGGUUCACUGGAGCGGGAUGCGGUAGGCGCUUAUCAAAGACUGGCGGCGACUUUGGGAAGGGCAGGAGAUGGUUCCCCGCCGUUAUUUGGGAAAGUUAUGCGUCAUAUUGGCGGGAGAUUAGUGGCUUUGAUGCACGAGGUGUCUGCUGGUGCAUCUCCGAGCACAGAUGACGACAGUGCGUCCGAACCAGGUGCGUUAGCCCGUAGUCGAUCUCAUGACAUUCUCGAGGCUACGGCUAGCAGGGGAAGUGUCGCGAGUGACUGUGAAAGGUUUUCGUGGCGUGGUAGUUUUGAAUCGGCUUUGCUUGCUGCGGACUCGCGGGGAACGUUGGGUGGUGAUAGGUGUGAGGCUAGGAGGUCCCCUGCUGGGGCUGAGCUGGCGGCACAGAAAUCACACUCCAGAAGUUGUGGUGCAAUCAGUGGAAGUGAAGAUCGGUUAUGGCGAGGGAGAAGACGUGCAUCGGCGCCCGAUGCAGAGUCGGAAGAGGAACAGCGCGCCGGGUCGCUACCUCGCCUACCUUCAAUCACGGGCACGAACACUGUGCCGGCGGGACCAGUGAAAUCGGCCCGGUACCGGGCACCAGGUUUCCGUACAGCGACGCGGGCGGCGUCAGCACCCGGGCUUCACGUCCCGCGGAGAAGACGUCUGCCUCCACCGCAACCCUCAGCACCCUCCGCACCCGCCUCUGCUCCCAGUUUACAGGAUGAGGUGUACAUGUCAGAUUCUGUGUCGCCUGGCCACGCCACAUUACCAAGGCGAUCUAAUUCCCCACUGCCUCAUGACCGAGAUGUGGAUCGAGACAGAUUCCCGAUCAACAGGAGUGGGUUGCAGGUUCGAUCAGAGUCCAUGGCAUCCGUGUACUCGGGCGCCGGAGAAGGUCUGCGCGGUAGUGUGACAGUGAAGGGCGAAGUCCAAUUCUCGCUUUUAUACAACUACAGACUAGGAGCCCUAGAAGUGGGCGUCAAGCGGUGUCGAGAUCUGGCGCCGAUAGACGUCAAAAGAAACCGUUCUGAUCCUUAUGUCAAGGUGUACUUGUUACCAGACAAGUCCAAGGCCGGCAAACGGAAGACAAAGGUGAAGAAGAACACCUUGAAUCCCGUAUUCGAGGAGACGCUAAGCUUCGUGCAGCCGCUGGCCUCACUGUCCUCGCGGACACUGUGGCUUAGCGCGUGGCAUGCCGACAUGUUCGGCCGCAACGACUUCUUGGGCGAGGUGACGCUGCCGCUGGCCGACGUCGUGUUCGACGACCCCGCGCCCAUGUGGUACAAGCUUCACGAGCGGACGGAACAAUUUGAUGAGCAACACGGCUCGCGUGGCGACGUUAUAAUCGGGCUCAAGUUCGAGCUGAAAGACGCGGCGCGAGGCAAGGGUACUCUACACGUUCUGGUGAAGGAGGCCAAGAAUCUCGUCGCCACCAAACCGAAUGGUCUGUGUGAUGUAUUCUGUAAAAGCUAUCUACUACCAGAGCGUGGUCGGCUCGCGAAGCAGAAGACUACGGUGGUGCGAAGGUCACUCAACCCUCGCUGGGAGCACACGUUCAUAUACCGCGGCCUUACCAUGCAGGAGUUGGCGACUCGCGCGUUAGAGCUUAGCAUAUGGGAUCGGGAUCGACUUGCCUCUAACGACUUUAUGGGCGCUGUUCGACUGUCACUGGCCACUGGUACUUAUAUGGGUGCAGCUGUCAACUGGAUGGACAGCGUGGGCAAAGAGAUCACACUGUGGCAGAAUAUGAUGCAACAACCAAACUUAUGGGUCGAAGGAUCGCUUCCCUUGAGACCUCAACUUAUUAACUAAAACAAUGCGUAUACUAUACAAUAUACAUUAUACAUAGCUGUUUGGAAAGAGGGUACAAUGCCGAAGGCGUAUUACGAUAUUCACACUAAUGAAAAUUUUCCAUAACUUUUUCUUUUCUACAACCAACACAAAUUUUUUAGUCCAGUUCAAUAAAAAAUAAUAAUUAUAUGAAAUAGAAGUAUUGCUUUUUCUAUAAAUAUGUAAUAUUAUUUAUAUAAAAGUUUUCCUGUUGGUACUUUUAAUUCUUUCCAAAUGACAUUAAUGAAUAUAAUGUUGUAUUGCGUGCUUCUCUUGUUGCCUCAAACAUUUAACUUUAUACCUAGUAGUUAGCUACACACAUAAUACAUGUAAAAGAUAUACAGGAAAAGGGAAACGAGCCGGCAAAUAAAUUAAUAGUGGACUUUCAUACAAAUUGUGAUUUUAUUUUAUUGGUAUAUUUGACUUGUGGUUUUGUAUACAAGACAGUAAAUAUUGUAGUAAAAAUACUCCUAAAUGCAAAGCAUCAGGUAGAAAAUAGUAUGCUUACCUACUGCUUUAUACAUUAUAGUAUAUACUAUAAUUAUUGUGUCUUUCAAAUAUUGUAUCAGUCUUAUUAUCUGUAACAUCAUGUGCCAAUCAUGUUAUAGUGUACAAUUAAUAUUUUGUGUUUUAUUUUAGAAUUAUGUUAGUUUUAUUAAAUUGUGUCUAACUUAACUAUUAUAAAUUGAUGUUCUAAAACUUUUCUAGACAUAAUUCUUCUUUUUUACAUUCCAACAUGUGAUGUAAAUUAUUUGUAAGACUUAUGUAAUGACAAUAAUAUCCAUUUAUUAAACUGCCUAUUAGGUAAGAACUAGAUAUAAUAUAAGUAAGGUACGCAUUUAAUUUAGAAUUAUUAUAAUGUACAAAUUUAAGUAAUCGUGAGUCCAUGUUUCUGCUCAUGCAAAUUGUGAUUAACUGUUGAAUUUGUGUAAUUUCUAAGCAAUUUAUAAAAUUAUAUCUGCGCAAUGAAAAAUAAUAAUAUAAUAUCUUGUUAUAUUACAUCGAAUUUUACGGAAACGUCCAUAGAUCGUAGUGUUCUUUAUUAUAAGUUAUAUUAGAGAACGAAAUUAAGCUACAUAUAUAAAUAUAUUAGA